AUAUUCUCUUAUCUCUACUGAUUAAUCACUCGUUUAUGUAUACACUCCAUGAAAUUUUUCAAAACUUGGGUAGAAUUGAGGGGCUCUAGCACAAAAGAAAUUCAAUUUGUCAAAAAAAAAACACUAUUAUUGCAAUUGAUAUUAAUUUGGAAAGGGGAAAAUAAAGUUUUGCUUGGAAUCCAUCUUUUUCUUCUUCUUUUUUUGGUGUUUUUUCCCUCUGAAAAAUACCUUGUCGGAAGUGUUGGCCUCAGUUGAGCUAACAGACAGACAGCAACCUUAUCCAUGAAAACAACAGAAGCAGCACAAGAACUCCAUGUACCGAAGUCCAGCAGGCAUGCAAUGCAAUGUCUUGGACAAGGCAGCUAAAUUUCUUGCAAUGCCUGCGUCUUAUUUGUUCUUUUGCUACCCAAAAUCAGGUUAGCCAUGUGGUCAUGCUCCUAUCAUCCUUCCAGUCAACUUCUUAGCAUAUACAAGAACUGCCAAAAGUAAAAUAAUUGCGCAAGGCUGAAUCUGCCAGUGCCUUUCUGUGUUUUUCAAUUUCUUUUGGAAUAAUCAUGGAUUGAAUUAUUUAUUUUUCAGAUCUACUCUUAUCUUUUACAAGAAUUAUUUGUAAGGUAAUUGGGGCAGUAGGGCUCGAAUUUGAGUGUUGCAAGUUGCAUCCUUUCAUGCUUUGAAGUAGAAAGCUCAACUGGUAAAUGCCUGUUGACAUUGCCACUACCAUUAAAUAGACCAACUUGAUCAAGGCUUUCAGCCUGGAAAAUUUUAAGGCAGUAAAAGCAAUCUUGCAUUCAUCAGUGAAAGAGAGGAUGGUCAACAAAAUAAAUUAAUGGUUAAAUUGAUUGGACCUUGUGGUAAUUGCUCCAAAUAAAAAGAAUAAAUAAUGUCAGCUAGAUAUAAUUAAAUAAAUGUAUCAGAAGUUGACCAUAAAGGAUUAAUCCCCUCCCUAGAUCCAUCACUUCGAUGCCUAGCUUUGAAAGAGAACAAAAUGGCAACAACCAUAGCAUUCAGCUUGUGUUCUCUACUAAUGGCUGCACUCUUUGGUUACUCUGCAUCAGUCCAGCUAAAUGACCCUGAUUGGUACUUUUGGCUCCCUCUUUAUGCUUGUGCUUGUGCUGUUAAUCUGGUGAACUGGGCAAUCUCUAAUACAACAAUCAGGCAAAUUGCCAAGGUGACAUUAUGGUUUGCUGCACUCUUGUUUGUAAAGGUUGUAAUAGAAGAUUAUGUUAAUGGAACAGCCGGCUUCUGGUCAUUAGAUCUGAGUGAGAGGGUUGUAAGGGAGAAAACUGGAAGUGGGUUGGUUCUAAUUUCCAUGAUUUUGCAUUUGGAAGCAUCAUCAGAACCUAAACAGUCCAAGAUGCCAAGAAAGAGAAGGGAGUUCCCAAGAUCUGUUGAAUAUGGGAUGGCAAGCUUGGUGAUCUUCAGUUUAGGACUUCCUUUUGUUUUCUUUGUGAUUCAUGAUGGAGAAAUGAAGUUUGAUCGUAUCAAGGAACAAAACAAUGUGAAAUCCUUUUAAAAUGGGACAUUUCUGAUUUGGCUUGCACACUGUUAAUUUGUUCCACCAGACUCAAUUGCCAACUUCCUCCUCGCAAGGUUUCAAUUUGUAGGGCUGCAGUGGUGGGAUCCCAGCAAUUUGUUCAUUUUUAACUCUCCUACCUUUACCUAGUCUAAUUUCAGCCAUGUUCAAAAACUUGUGACAUUUGUUAAAAUGAGACACCUAACGAUCACUUCA